AAACAUGGAAACACGCCGUGUGUGCGCGUGCGUGCGCACUUGUGUGUCUGAUAGAGGGGAACAGUUAACGACGUUUUACACCAGUUGUAUCUGAAAUGCUGAGGUGUGCAGAUAUGGUUCUUAAGGGCUUGAUCUUGUUGAUGCUGCUGGUACAGUUCUCCUCAGAAGAAGGAGGCAAACCCAAGAAAGGGAAAAAGGGCAAACAAGUCAUCUGUCCCUCUCAGUUAUCAGCAGAAGAUCUAGACCGAGUACCAGGCAACUCCACGAGCAACAUUUUAAAUCGCCUGCUGAUGACCUACGAUUCACGAAUACGACCGAACUUCAAAGGUAUCCCAGUGGAGGAUAAGGUGAACAUCUUCAUCAACAGCUUUGGCUCAAUCCAGGAGACCACAAUGGAUUACCGUAUCAAUAUAUUCCUGCGUCAGCGCUGGAAUGACCCACGAUUGCGGUUACCCGCAGAUUUUAAGUCGGAUGCAUUGACUGUUGAUCCGAAAAUGUUCCAGUGCCUUUGGAAGCCAGAUCUGUUUUUCGCCAAUGAAAAAAAUGCUAAUUUUCAUGAUGUUACCCAGGACAACAUACUCCUCUUCAUCUUCCGUAAUGGAGACGUCCUCAUUAGCAUGAGAUUGUCCGUCACGCUAUCUUGCCCUCUGGAUCUAACGCUCUUUCCUAUGGACACACAACUCUGCAAGAUACAAUUAGAGAGCUUUGGCUACACCACAAAGGACCUGAUGUUUAUGUGGCAGUCUGGGGAUCCAGUUCAGAUGGACGAAAUAGCUUUGCCGCAAUUUGAUGUGAAGCAAGAGGACAUUACGUACGGAAACUGCACUAAGUUCUACCCGGGAACAGGUUAUUACACAUGUGUAGAAGUAAUCUUUACUCUGAGGAGGCAGGUGGGAUUUUAUAUGAUGGGUGUCUAUGCUCCCACUCUUCUCAUUGUCGUCCUGUCAUGGCUGUCCUUUUGGAUCAACCCUGACGCCAGUGCGGCCCGUGUGCCCUUAGGUAUUUUAUCUGUUCUGUCGCUCUCGUCUGAGAGUAUGUCUCUAGCAUCCGAGCUUCCUAAGGUCUCCUACGUGAAGGCCAUUGAUAUCUGGAUGAUUGCCUGUUUGCUCUAUGGUUUUGCCUCGCUUGUGGAGUAUGCUGUGGUUCAGGUGAUGCUGAACAGUCCAAGGAGAAUCGAAGCAGAGAAGGCAAAGAUGGCCCAGAAAGAUAAAGCAAGAGAGAAAGAGAACAAGACACCAGCCAAAACUAAUAGUGCCAAUGGAACGGGAGGGACCCCAAUACAUGUCAGCACAUUACAGGUUGUGGAAAACCGCUGUAAGAAGGUGUGUACUUCUAAAUCCGAUCUGCGCUCAAAUGAUUUCAGCAUUGUUGGUUCUCUACCCCGUGAUUUCGAACUCUCCAAUUUCGACUGUUACGGGAAACCCAUAGAGGUAACAAACGCUGCUGGCAAAUCGCUGAACAAGAACAAUAAGAAGCCAGCACCUCCGAAACCCGUCAUUCCUUCUGCGGCUAAACGCGUUGACCUUUAUGCACGCGCUCUGUUCCCUUUCACUUUUCUCUUCUUCAAUGUCAUUUACUGGUCUGUUUAUCUGUAAACGGGAGACACACGAAGUGUCCGUGUGUAUGUUUGUGUGGGUGUGUGUCGGCGUGUGUAUAUGUUAAUGAGGGAAUGUAACAUGAUCAAGCAUGAAAAAGUGUAAAAAUAUCAUCUUUUA